AUGGAUGUAGGCGACGUUCAGGAGGGUGGAUUAAUGGAUAAAGGCGCCGUUCAGGAGGGUGGUUUCAUGGAUAUAGGCGCCGUUCUGGUUCAGUUGAGGCGACGCGUUUCAGUUGAUAUAGGCGCCGUUCAGGAGGGUGGUUUCAUGGAUAUAGGCGCCGUUCAGGAGGGUGGUUCAGUUGAUAUAGGCGCCGUUCAGGAGGGUGGUUCAGUUGAUAUAGGCGCCGUUCAGGAGGGUGGUUUCAGGGAUAUGGGCGCCGUUCAGGAGGGUGGUUUCAUGGAUAGAGGCGCCGUUCAGGAGCGUGGUUCACUUGAUAUAGGCGCCGUUCAGGAGGGUGGUUCAGUUGAUAUAGGCGCCGUUCAGGAAGGUGGUUUCAUGCAUAUAGGCGAUGUUCAGGAGGGUGGUUUCAUGGAUAUAGGCGCCGUUCAGGAGGGUGGUUUCAUGGAUAUAGGCGACGUUCAGGAGGGUGGAUUAAUGUAUAUAGGCGCCGUUCAGGAAGGUAGUUUAAUGGAUAUAGGCGCCGUUCGGGAGGGUGGCGUCGUUCAGGAGGGUGGUUCAGUUGAUAUACGCGCCGUUCAGGAGGGUGGUUUAGUUGAUAUAGGCGCCGUUCAGGAGGAUGGUUUAUUUGAUAUAGUCGCCGUUCAGGAGGGUGGUUUAGUUGAUAUAGGCGCCGUUCAGGAAAGAGGUUUCAUGGAUAUAGGCGACGUUCAGGAGGGUGGUUUCAUGGAUAUAGGCGCCGUUCAGGAGGGUGGUUUCAUGGAUAUAGGUGCCGUUCAGUAUGGUGGUUUAGUUGAUAUAGGCGCCGUUCAGGAGGGUGGGUUCAUGUAUAUAGGCGCCGUUCAGAAGGGUGGUUUCAUGGAUAUAGGCGCCGUUCAGGAGGGUGGAUUAAUGGAUAUAGGCGCCGUUCAGGAAGGUAGUUUAAUGGAUAUAGGCGUCGUCUGGGAGAGGAUUUAA